AUGAUAAUAUCAUACAAAGCAAGCUGGACUCACUGAAGCAUUCCAGACUAGGUAGCUUACUGAAGAGUUUAACUGCACCAUUCUCAUACAAUCUCCAGGUUUGGCGUGCGGCUAUUUGUAGGUGGAAAGCACAGAGCGUCGCGUGGAAUAGUAAGUUUCCCUAAGUUAUUCAGUACUGUAACCUGUGUAUUGGCGAUCAGAAAGCGUCAGAGGUCUGCAGCUAAAUUAUGCAAACACGCGGGUUUUUAACAUGAAAUUGAGCGUUUCGUAUUGUAAUGCAGGGAAUAAGCGGCGAGAGAGGCGCCGCUGCAGAUGUGGCUCCCCGGCAGAUGCGCUGUCGUGCUUCAUGCGUCAGGCGGCGCGUCAGUGCGCAGCCGCCGCGGCACCGAGCGCAGAAAGCCGGAGCACAGGCGCCUGGCGAACAUGGCACUCGACAAUUUCCUUUUCGCGCAGUGCAUCCUCUACUUCCUGGCGUUCGUCUUCGGCUUCAUCGCCGUGGUUCCUCUGUCGGAAAACGACGAUGACUUCCAGGGUAAAUGCCUGCUCUUUACUCGGGGCAUGUGGCAGAACGAGAACAUCACAGUGGCGAAGCAGCGCUUCAUGGUGGAUGAGUGGGGACCCGAGUCCUCCUGCAGCUUCAUCACCUGGGUCGGGAUCGCGUCCCUCAUACUGUCCGCAGUACAGGCGUGGCGGCUGCUCUUCUUCCUCUGCAAAGGCCACGACGACUCCAUCUUCAACGCCUUCCUGAACCUCCUGGUCAGCUCGCUGGUGGUCUUCGUAGUCUUCGUGGCCUGCACCAUCAUCAGUGUGGGCUUCAACCUCUGGUGUGAUGCCAUCACGGAGAGUGGCAGUAUGAUCAGCAGCUGCGAGGACCUGCAGGACACCGACCUGGAGCUCGGCCUGGACAACUCCUCAUUCUACGACCAGUUUGCCAUCGCGCAGUUUGGCCUCUGGGCGGCCUGGCUGACCUGGCUGGGCAUCGCGGUGCUGGCCUUCCUCAAGGUCUACCACAACUACCGGCAGGAGGACCUGCUGGACAGCCUGGUGCGCGAGAAGGAGCUGCUCCUGGGCCGCGGCGCCCGCCGCUUCUCCGACGCCGAGGACAGAAGCGCAAUGAUCUAGGCUGUGCACAGGGAGCUCGCGUUGCUUACAAACUUCCUGUGACAGCUGACCGUCAGGCUGGUGGGCGGGGUCGGGACCCGGGUACAUCUGUCAUUGGAUCAUGUCACAUGACCACACCAUACAGCCCCCCCCCCCCCUCAGGAGACACACGAAAGGGCUAAACAGUGACCCCCAGUCGCUAUUCCUCAUCUUGUGGGUCAGCUUUCCCACAGAUACCCCCCCCCCCCCCCAUGUCCCUGCCCAUGAACCGAGUUCCAGUCCUACAGCACACAACAUAGAGGGGGAAGCCAAUCAGCCAUAUUCCGGGUCGACCCCCCAAGGUUGAAUGUGGAGUCUGGGUGGUGGAAGUUUGUAAACAACGCCCCCCCCCCACCCCCCUCUUUGGAGAUGGGCAUUCGUUGCUCGUAGGCUCCACCUAGUGGAGCACGUGGCAUGCAGCAGCAAGGUGUGUGUAGUGCCUGCUUCAGCUGUCAGUGGCGUGUAAAAAGCCGUACAAACACAUGUGGUUUUAGCUCCUGUCACAUGUGUGUCUGUAUGAAUCUUUUGGCGUGAUUAGUGCUGUUUAAUCCCAUCUCAGGUCCCAGCUCCUAUUGGCCGGCCUGAGCUCUCUCCCAGUAUCAGCAGGCUGUGAUGGUGGUGACAUUUCUGGCUUUCCUUACUGACCAGCAUCCCUGUGGGCACCAGUCAGCAGAAGCCAUUCAGUAAGACGAAGCCCAGGCCUUUUCUGCUUGACGGUCUACUGGCUGCAUCUCUAACCCCGCCCCCAUCCUGCUACGCUUUCUGCAUCUGUCAUAAGGUUGUGCCCCCCCCCCACCCCCCAUGCAAACCAUGCUGUGCAUAUGCACACACAUGCACACACACAAAACACACUGUGCUAUCUGAUGUGUGUUUGCAAUGCCGGUCCUUUAUUGAAAAUGAUACAGACAAAAAAAAAUCAUAGGGGGCGGGC